AUGGCCUCGCCUCUCUACCUCGUCACGCUCUUGUGGCUCGGCGCCGCAUGCAUCUUCGGCGAAAUGGCGCUUCUGACGCGUGAUGCCACGAGCAUGCUACCGUCCUUGGCGCGGCCAGCCGAGCUCGCGCCUGCGACGCACACCGUGGAGCUAGCCCCUGACACUACCGUACAGGCAGCUCCAAGUGCCAGUGAGAUGCGCAGAACAUGCGCUGCCUACACUGCAGCAAGCCAUUUUGACGUGGCCCGUGGUUGCUACGAGGCGCUGCUCAGCCUUGAUACGCACGACUUUGACGCGCAGUACGCCUACGCGCAGCUGCUUCUCGACCAUUUCCCAGGCUCUCAUGCGGUCGCUGUGCUCGAAGCGGCUGUUGCUAUCGCUGCGCCGCCGUUCCACCAAGCCCACAUGGACGCCUUUAACUCUCUUGGGCUCAUCUACCGCGACCAGCUCGACUUCGAGAAGGCAGCGUCUGUCUUUGCGAUACCGUUAACACCCUUGAACCGGUCGCACCCGAGCUUCCUGCCGCUGCUGAUCAACCUCGCGGCCGUGCAUUUGCAGCAAGGCGACCAUGACACGGCCCUCACACUGACCAACGACGCUUUGAUCAUUGCGCCCGAGAACGCAUUCGUGUACCACAACCUCGGCGCGGUGUACUCUCAUCUGCGCGACUAUCGCUCGGCGCUCCACUACUCUCAGGUUGGUGGGCCCAGCUCCAAAUAG